UUGACGAUCAACAUUUUUUCGGGUAUAUUACAGCAAAGUUUCACUAAAAACUUAAAUUAAUAUACAGACACUGCGUGGGACGAGACUGGUGGUGUUAUCGAGUACAAAACAACGUUCAACAAUCAUGAUCCAACUAAUACCGUACGUUUACCUAAUACUGGCAAUGCUGGACCGAACAGCUCAAGGACUGACAUCGUCCAUUUGUGCACGAGUACCGGAUGGAAACUUUGUACGAAGUUCACAGUCGUGUAAUUCCUACAAUCGUUGCAUCAAUGGCCUGCCACAACAUGGCGUGUGUCCUAAGGGGUAUGCCUUCGGUUCUCGAAGUCAAAUGUGCGAAACUAAUAUCGAGGUCGAUUGUCGAUCGUGUUCACCGUUUGGCAUUCAACAUAUUCCCAAUCCCGAUAGCUGUCAAACGUAUUAUCGCUGUGUAAAUGGAGUGCGAACGAGUAUGACCUGUUCCGAUGGACUACUGUUCGAUCGCAGCUACGGUGACUGUAAUCUAGCGUCAAAAGUACGGUGUGAAACGAAAAACUACAUUUGUGAGCCGUUCAAGGCGCUGGGACUUGUAAUCAUCGGCGAUCCAUCGGACUGUACUAGUUACUAUCGUUGUCUGAAUGGGAAUACUUUUGAAGCUGCUUGUCCGACUGGCUUAUAUUAUAAUCCGCAUACCGCCACUUGUGAGGUGUUUGGGAACUUUUGUCAGGGAAUGGGUCCAUUGAUAACAACUCCUGCACCGAUAACAACUACAAGGGAAUAUGUUACCACAGCUGCUCCAACCACAGCGAGGACAACCGUAAGAGUAGCAUAUUAUAGAACAGCUCCGCUCCGUUAACAAUACAGCUUGCGCUGAAACAACAACUCGAAGAUGUUAGUUUUAUAAAUCGAAAACUGUGUAGAAACCUUCAUAAAAGACGUGGGCUCUGUUUAUACCAGU